CUCUCAGCUGACUUAGGUUGCUAUCCUCUCAGCUGACAUAGGUUACUAUCCUCUCAGCUGGCACAGGUUGCUAUCCUCUCAGCUGGCACAGGUUCCUAUCUUCUCAGCUGACAUGUCUCAGCCACCACAGUGAAUGUUACUUACGACACACUUCAUACCCAGCAGAGGUAGUCCACAGCAGGAGGUUGUUAAGGUCGAAGCGAUGGAAACUCUGCCGGGAAGAGACAAGGAAUUCUCUGACUACGACCUGACCUUCCUUCAAACCAGAGACCGUGACCUGACCUACUAGAGACUACUCUAACAAGGAAGCAUGAAGGUGAUCGUGUCAGUGUUGUGUCUGGUCGCUGUGGCCUCCGCCAGGAUGGCCUACAGGUUCUCAGACGGCUACCUGGAAGUCCUAGGUGCCGAACCACAACAUACUUUCGACUGCAACGGCCGCUCCUACGGUUACUACGCCGACGUUCCUACCGACUGCCGCGUCUUCCACGUCUGCCUGCCCAUCUCUGACGACCUGGGAGAGACAGUAGAGAUGGCACACUUCUCCUUCUUCUGUGGUAACCAGACAGUGUUUAGUCAGGAGUCCCUCACCUGCUCACACCCGCAGGAGGCCUUUCCCUGUGACCAGGCGGAAACUCUCUACGACCUUUCCAACGCUGACUUCGGCAAGAUCCCCGACGACAACCAGUAGUUCGCAGACACGAUAACAAUCUGGCGCCGCUAAAACGAUAUCUGUGAUAUCAACGUCAUGUUUUUAUAAAAAAAAUAGGCUUAGGCCAGUAGAAAUAAAGUGCUAUGUUUUAUUC